AUGGCAGAUGAUUUAAGAAAUUAUAAACUGCAACUUCAACAGGUGGAAGCAGCGUUGCUCACAGAUGGUGAAAAUGAAGAGUUGCUGAAAUUAAAGGCUGACUUGGAAGAAGUAAUAGAGUUGACACAAGAUCUUAUCAAAACUCAAGACGCUGACUCCAAAGUGCCUAAUAUUCAUGGUUCUAGUAAUGAUCAUGAUGUUGCAGCAUCCGUGUUGGCGGCCGACGAUGAGGAAAGCUCACACAAAUACUUUUCAAAUUGGCAAGUUGGCGAGAGAUGUUUGGCGAAAUGGCGAUCAGAUGGACAAUUUUAUGAAGCUCUCAUUGAAGAUGUCACUGAAGGUACAUUAAAAGUUAAAUUUGAUGGGUAUGCAACAGCAGAAGUGGUAUCCAUUAAUGAUGUAAAAGUUAUACCAGGAAUAGGUAUAAAAAGACCUCACAGCGGUGACGAAAGCAAGCAUGGAAAGGGGUACAAUAGAGAAUAUCUCAAGAAGAAAAAACAGAAGAAACAACAAAGAUUUAAACAAAUAGAAGAAGAAAGAGAAACUGAAAAGAACAAGUGGUUAAACUUUCACACCAAAGCUGCAAAGAAACCUGGUGUGCGAACAAAGAGUAUAUUUGCUUCACCAGACAAUUUGACCGGCAGAGUAGGCAUCGGCACCUGUGGCAUAUCAGGGAAACCUAUGACUGAGUAUACUCCUGGAGAAAAGUGGAAGAAAGGUGGAUAA